AUGGGGAAGAAUGGAACUAAAAGACAAAAAAAAAAUCUUCACGGUUGGGGUUCGUUUCCAAGUGAGCUUCUUGAUUCGAUACUCGAAAGAUUGACAUCCAUCUUCGACUACAUCCAAUUCAGUUUCGUUUGCAAGCAUUGGCGAAGGGUUGCCUUAAAUCAGAAGGAGCAGCGCCUCAAAUCUUGUCACAAACAGCUAAUUCCUUUGUUGCUGUUGAUUCCAACCAAGAACAGCAACCAAAGACGUGUCUUGUACAGUGUCACACAAGGUAAGGUUGUUCGUAGCUUUAAUGUCCCUAAUCAUCAUGACGACGAUAAGUGGUUGUGUGGUUCUUCCCAUGGUUGGUUGGCUUAUGCCGACGGCAAUUUCCUAGUAACCCUAGUAAACCCUUUCACCAGAGGCACCAUUAGGCUUCCACAAGUCAUGGAAGUCGGGAAGUCCAGACCUAAAUGCUACUCGUUUGAGAUUAGUAAAGUUGUAUUGUCUGCUAACCCUUGUUUGUUUCCUAAUGAUUAUGAAGUUAUUGUUAUCUUUGAGGAUGAUGAUGGGGUUACCAAGGAACUAGCCCAUUUUAAGUCCGGGGACGAUGCCUGGACUCGCUCCGAUAAUCAAAUGAUCCAUGGACUUGAUAUCCUUGAUGUAAUUUAUUACAAAGGCCGAUUUGUAGCUUUAACUAGUUUGGAUUCUGAUCCCGGCCAUAAUGCUAGUAAGUUUCAUCCAAGCAUAGGGUUCCUAUCACCCCCACCAGAAGCUUGUAAUAAGUCAACAUAUCUUGUCAAAUCGACCUGGGAGGAUCUUUUGCUCGUAAAUAUAACUAAUUCUUCCAGCAUCAAGAUUUUCAAGCUGGGUAGUUCGUGUGGCGAAUGGGUAAAGAUAGAGAGCAUUGGAACUGAUGCUUUGUUUCUGGGUAACAUGCAAUCCAUGUGUGUUUCUGCUUCAUACUCGGGGUGUCAUCCAAAUUCGAUUUACUUCAUGGAAUGCGUUGUCAACUUAAAUACCAGAAAAGAGACCAGGCAUGACGAGUUACCAGAGCGGACACGACCAAUAACAUGGAUUGCACCCACUGUGGCAUUUUCCAUAUGA